AUGGAUGGAUAUGAAUAUGAAUUGCUUGCUUCUUGUACUAUAGGAGGUGUACUAGCUCGAAAAUAUCGUUCAUUACGUACUGGUAUUGUAGUAUGCUUAGCUCAAGUUGAAGGACCACUAGUUAAUGGAUUCUUCUGUUUAGCUACUGAAGCUCAUGAUGAUGAUGGACUUCCCCACACAUUAGAGCACUUGAUUUUUAUGGGAAGCGAAAAAUAUCCUUAUAAGGGUGUCCUCGAUUUAUUAGCUAAUCGAUGCCUAGCUCAGGGUACUAAUGCAUGGACUGAUGUCGAUCAUACAUGUUAUACAAUCACUACAGCUGGUAGUGAAGGGUUCCUUAACCUUCUCCCUAUAUACUUGGACCAUAUCCUAUAUCCAACACUCACUGAUGCAGCGUAUAUUACUGAAGUUCAUCAUGUUAAUGGUGAAGGAGAGGAUGCUGGUGUUGUGUAUUGUGAAAUGCAAGCUCGAGAAAAUACCAGUGAAGAUUUAACACACUACCAUUUGGUCCAGUUAAUGUAUCCUGGACACUGUGGAUAUAAGUCUGAAACUGGUGGUCGUAUGCUUUAUAUAAGGACCAGUACAAGUAACGAAAAGGUGCGGUCUUAUCACCAUAGUUACUAUCGCCCCGACAACUUAGUUUUAAUAGUCACAGGUCAAGUAGAACCUGAUCAGCUAUUUAAAGCAAUACAACCUUUUGAAGAGAAAAUUUUAAGCAAAGGGCAACUCUCUUCAUUUGAUCGUCCAUGGCAAAGUCCUAUUGAUCCAUUAGAGAGCACUAAAGUUGAGGAAGUUCCUUUUCCAACAAGUGAGGAAGACGAUGGCUUGGUCAGGAUAGGAUGGCGUGGACCAAAAGCUAAAGAACGAUAUGCUAUGACAGCUAUGGAAGUAUUGAUGGAAUAUUUGACAGAUACACCUGUAGCUCCAUUACAACGAGAUCUUGUUGAAAUUGAAGAGCCCUAUUGUUGUGAUGUUGAUGUUCUGCAAUUAGAAAAUAAUGUUACUGUCUUUGGUAUAACUUUAGAAGGUGUCCCAACAGAGAAGCUAGUCAAUAUUAACAUCAAGGUUAAGGAGGUUUUAGAAAAGUUGUCCAAUGGUACAGAAGAAAUUGACGUGAAACGAAUGACUAAUAUUUUAAAUCAAAGAAUUUUGAAAGUAGCCAAUCAGGUGGAAGAAAGUCCUCAUUAUUUUUUUGCCUUUUCACUGAUUGGAGAUUUUUUGUUUGGGGAUACCCCUGAGGAU